UACAAAUUGGUGCGCUCGUGAUCGCUACGGAUUUUUCUUCAAUUUGCAUAUCGAUAACAUAAUUUAAUGAUGUUCUUACUAUUGUGCAUAAGCAUUUUGUUCCUUACAUGCAAUGCGGAAAAUGCUCGGUGUAAAGAUGAAAAUAAUCAAAUUGUUGAUUGGUAUGUGCUUUACAAGUUGCCGAAGAUAUCAGAAAGCAGCAAUCCUGUGAUUAGAAAUGGAACAGCGUACUUAUAUAUGACCAAUAAUACUGUUGCUAAAGGUUGGCAGUUAUCUACGAAAAUAAUCAGUGCAAAAAACUCAAUACCAGGAAUUACUUUAGCAUCUUUAUACAAUGACUCAAUUGCAUCAGAGACUUUCUGGGUUUUGUACAAUGAUGAUCCGCCUAACAGACCUGUCAAUGCAAAAUAUGGUCAUACAAAAGGUGUUGUGAUGACGAACAAACAAGAGGGAUUCUGGUUAAUACAUAGCGUUCCGAAUUAUCCACCUGUACCCAACAGCGGUAACGAUACAAAACGAGGACGAUUGGAUGAAAAUUCAACUCUGCAGGGAAACCAAUCCGAAUAUGAUUAUCCGACAUCCGGAAUGAAUAAUGGACAGAGCUUUUUGUGCAUUUCCGUGGACGACGAUCAAUUCGAUAUUAUCGGUAGACAAUUGAUGUAUAAUCAAAUAAUAACAUAUAGGAAAAACAUCCCCGCUACAUUUGUCGCGAUGUUUCCGAUACUUACGGCCGCGGCUAAUCAGAAACGUAUCAGAGAAGCACCUUUCAUCAGCAAAACGAUGUUAAAAUCAUCUGGCGGUGUUGAAUUUGUAUCAUUUGCUAAGAGUGAUAAGUGGCAGAAAGAUUUGUACGACGAAUUUGUUGCGCCGACGUUAAAAACAGAUUUAUUUGCCGAAACGUGGUUGAAUGGACGAGGUAGACUACCAUCAGACUGCGAACAAGUGAAAGUUUACAAUAUCGUAUCCAUUAAUUUGGCAUCAGUUAACAUCGAUUUUAAGAGUAGUCGCGAUCAUUCUAAGUGGGCUGUGGCUGUUCAAGGUAAAACUAAUAAAACCUGGACUUGCAUAGGUGAUAUUAACCGAGCAGAUACUCAAUACAUACGAGGCGGUGGAACUGUCUGUUUCAAUAAUCGGAAAGUCUGGAAUAAUUAUCGGAAAGCGGUGAAUGAUGUGGAGCAAUGUCCUAAGCAAUAUAAAACAAUUUUAGUUUAAGGAAUUUAAUUUGAAUCAGAGAAUAAUAGAUGCUAAAAAAAUCAAAUAAUUUUAUUCUCUAACUGCAUAUGUAGUAAUGCAUUUAGAAGAACAACCGCUCAUUAUGAGUGCCUAGUGAGCUCUUUUAUCUGAUUUUAAUCUAUAUUUUAGGAUUUUAUGGAAUAUGCCAUAUGCCAAUGAAAGAGUUUAUUGAGAGCUCAGUGAAUAGUUGUUGUUCUGAACGCGUACAUAUUAUAUUCAACACUGUAUAAUUUAAGUAUAUUGUAAUCAUGAAUUAUAGCGAAUAAUAACAAAAUAAUAUGA